UGGAAGCGUCGGCCUUGGACGGCUCAGAAGCGCAGGGACUGCGGGCGGAGGUGCGGAGCGGGCGUGGGCAGCAGGCGAACCCCGCAGGCCGUAACCGCACAAAAUGGCGGAGGGCGACAAUAGGAGCACCAACCAGCUGGCUGCCGAAACGGCCAGUUUGGAAGAGCAGUUGCAAGGAUGGGGAGAAGUGAUUCUGGUGACGGACAAAAUUCUUCGUUGGGAAAAACCGUGGUUUCCCCCUGCCAUCAUUGGUGUGGUGUCCUUUAUUUUCCUGAUGGUUUACUACUUGGACCCGUCUGUUCUUUCGGGCGUUUCUUGUUUUGUGAUGUUGCUCUGUUUGGCUGACUAUCUUGUGCCUGCCCUUGCUCCUAGAAUUUUCGGCUCCAGUAAAUGGACUACUGAACAGCAGCAACGCUUCCAUGAAAUCUGCAGCAACCUGGUAAAAACACGGCGCAGGAUUGUUGGCUGGUGGAAGCGCCUUUUCACCUUUAAGGAGGAAAAACCUAAAAUGUAUUUCACAACAAUGCUGUGUUCGUUGACUGUGAUUGCUUGGAUAGGACAGCAAGUUCACAACCUCUUCCUUACCUAUCUUAUCGUGAGCUUCUUCCUGUUGUUUCCUGGGUUAAACAAACAUGGGAUUAUUUCAAAAUACGCUGGAAUGGCGAAAAGGGAGGUCAACAAACUCCUGAAGCAAAAGGAAAAGAAAAAUGAAUGAAACUCUGCUUGCUACUGCACUCCACAGUAUAAUGUGUUCUGGGAACAAAACAUUAGAAUUAUUGUGUGUUUAGUAGAAUAGCAGUGCUUAUUUCAGUCAUAGCCUUUUAACGUUAAAAUGGGGUUUCCCUUUUUUAAAAUAGGAUCUGUGUAGUUAUUUGACCACACAGUAAAUACCGUCUGCUAGUACAGGUAAGUCUUUCCAAUAAUAAACACAACUAGCAGCCUCAUAAGAUGGUCCGAUGGUUAAGCGAACCGUUUUGGUGGAGCAAACAGUUUAAUUGUUGAUUAGUGAGGAUGACAUCCUUUGCUACUUAUUUCCAGAGGAAAGACGCUGGUUAGCAUUCUUCAUUCCUGUUAAAUGUUUUAAGGUAUCUCUUAUCUACUGGCUCUCUAGAUUUCUGUCCUCACACUUCUUACGAUGAAGUUAACCAACUUCUUUCCAAAGUCCUGAGCCACAGAUAAUAUGGACAUAUAGGGCUUCGAAGCACCUACAUCUGAGGUGUAUCAUGACUUCUGUCAUAACAGUUACUGCACUCAAAAGUGCGUGGAAGAGUGAAGCUAGGGCUGCACAGAGUCAAUUUUCUUCUAUUGAAUUGCUGUAGUUUUGGAGUUGUGCAACAUGUCUUUAGAUUUUUAAAAUAUGAUCUGUAUACAAAAUCACGUUAAAUGCACAAGAGUCACAAGUGAGUCUGUCUUGUGGUGCAUGUGUGUUUUCUUAAUGCUGUUUUUGUUUUAUUACUGUAUGUGUAAAACUUUGUAACAUAUUAAAACAAUAGGCCUCUCAAAUUUUGUUGCAAGACAAUGUCUGUCUUAAUUGUAAACAGAUGAACAGUGUUAUCCUUGUCUGUUUGGAAAGGUUGAAAUUUGCUUUGCUUAUUACUCUUUAGGCAAUACGAGAUUGCAGCAAAGAGACUAGGCUAUGCCUUACAAGUGAUAGCCCUUGAUAUGUUAACUGAGCAUGCUAAAUUAUUCUGCCAAAUGCUGCAGUUCAGGAGACAUUUGAGCAGCAAGUAUUCUUAAGAUGGCAACUUCAUUUACUCUUGCAUACUGGCAAAAAAUGCUAGAAUCGUUUAACAAAAGUUUUAGCUGUGUCUUCCUAGAAUCAACAUGAAUGUAAUUGUGCUUUGUAUCAGCACUCAAACUGCUAAUUGGCCACGCCAGUGUACUACACUGGAACUUUACAUUGAUGUAAACAACUCUGAUCCCAGGAAAGGUGACAAGAUCUUUGUCAAUAAGUUUAUUUGGGAGUCUUGAGUGGGAAAGGUCUAAGGAAAGAAUCUUUAAAUGUCUUCGUGCAGUGCAGUUGAGAUUACCUUAACAUGGGAUUCCAUGUUUGGCUGUCCAGUUUUUCACAAUCAACAGAGAACCUCUUAGCUUGUUUGAUACCUGAUCAACCAGCAACUGCACCCCAGAGAUUGCCGGUAAAGGUAUCCCUGAUGCCUUCUCCUGCAGUGCACUAAAGGCACACCUGGGUGUUCUCAAUAGUUUUUUUUUCCUUCGGGGCUGAUGUUUGUAGAACACUAGUUUGGUUAUCAGUGCACUGAAUUAAUUUCAUCACCAUUCAGUUUGCUUUUUCUUUCUUCAGGUUUAGCUUUAGAUGUAUCCCAAGAAGGGAGUAGUUAGGAGGAGAACAUUGACAGUAGCUAAGUGUAUUGCUCUUUUUUCACUGUCACCAGUAAGGGCAUCUACUGUUACGAGCACUAGCCACAGAAGGUUGUGAUACAAAAGCUUGGAGAGGUGUCAACCAUUUUUGGAACACUGGUGACCCUUUGUAUUAUUUAUUGGAAGGAAUUGCUUCUUGAGAAAACUAUCGCAUCCCCUGCCGUGAUUUUUGCCUUGCCCCCUGGCUCUUCUUUUGUAUAUUUGUGGUUUUAAUGAGGCUGUCCAAACCAAUAUUAUUAACUUGGAUGUGUAGCAAUGGCAAAUAUGAUGUAUAAUUGGGGGAGGAAUGAAAAGAAAGAGAUUGUGCUUACUGAGAGAGCUGGUAGGGUGGGAAAGUAAAGAGAAACUAGGUGGGAGUGGGGUUGAAUUUGUGUACUGGCUGUCUUUUGUCAAUGUUGCUUUUCCCCUUGUACUGAUCUGUAAUACGGAUGGUAAAUGUUUAGCUAGGAAGCUAACAUUGAAUAAAAAUCUUAAUAUAA